AUGCUUGCGCAGCGAUAUCCCACCGCGUACGAUGGAAUUGCUGCGUCGGCUCCGGCGAUAUACUGGCCGCAAUUCGUGAGCUCGUUUACUUAUCCGUAUCUAUUCAGCAACUGGGCACAGGAAUCUCCUCAAUCUUGCGAGUUGGAGUACCUGACAGCUGAAGCAAUCGCGUACUGUGAUCCGAUGGAUGGUGUUAUCGAUGGCCUUAUUUCGGACGUGUCUUUUUGCAACUACGACCCUUUUAAUGCUGUGAAUAGCACCUUCAACUGCUCCUCUACUGGACAUACAAUGCAACUCAGCAAGGGAGCAGCGAUGCUAGCUGACGCGGUCUGGUCGGGCGCUCGGUCUACCCAGGGGGAGUUCCUGUGGUAUGGAUUGAAUCCGGGCGCGAAUAUCAGUGGUUUGGGUAACGACGGCGCGAAUGCCCAGGCACCAUCGGGUGUGCAGGGUCUAUGGAUCGGGCUGUUUUUGCAGAAAUUGCAAAACUACAACAACACCGUCAUCGAUCAUGAAGAUUUCGACUGGCUUUUCCAUCUCGGGGUUCAGGAAUACACUGAUAUAAUCGGCACGGCUGACCCCGAUCUCACCAAGUUUCACAAAGCAGGGGGCAAAUUAAUCUCCUAUCAUGGCAUGGCCGAUAACUCAAUUCCGACAGAAGGAACAGAGCACUAUUAUAAUGCUGUCAAGGAACGCCUCCCUGAUGUGCAUGAUUUCUAUCGUCACUUUGAAGUCCCUGGUUUGGGACACUGCUCUGGCGGUAACGGAGGACAACCAAAGACUGUAUUCGACGCACUGCGCUCAUGGGUGGAGAAUGGCACUGCCCCGGACACUCUGCCGAUUGAGUUCAGCAGUAAAGACGGGUCUCACCAGGAACGCAUUCUCUGUCCUUAUCCUUCCAAGGCUGUCUACCAAGGUGGUGACUCGUCGUCUGCCGAGAGCUUCCGUUGCGUCGACAGUGAGGAGGAAAUGUGCUCAUAG